AUGUACCUGUCGCAGGAGCUCGAGCGCAUUCAGCGGCAGCGCGAGGAAGAGGCGCGCCACGAGGCGAAGCUGGAUUUUCGCGGGCUUCGGCUCUACCGCGAGUUAACCGCUACAUCCGAACCCAUGUAUUGGCGCGAAAAUCCCGAUAAAACGGAGAUUACAGGAGCCAAGGCAACCGUACCGGCUGCUGCUAACCCUGGUAACCCGCCGGGUGGUAACAUGUGGAGUUACUCCUCUGUCGCUCCGUCUUCGUCGGGUUCCAAGCCGCAGUAUAUGGGUCAAACGUCCACUUCCGGGGUGACCUUCUAUGGCGCGAAUGGCGGCGGGAGAAGCGGACGGAUUGAGACGUACGAGAGUGCGGUGAAAAAUGGGGAAAGCGAGGGGAAGAAAGCUGAGAGCAAGAAGAGCGGCGGGGGUUUUGCGAGUUGGCUGAUGGGAGGGGCAGACCAGGAGCAGCACCUGCUGUGGGAUGAGCCGAAAUAUAAGGAGGGUGAGGCGAAACUUAUUCUCAUGUAUUCCCACGCGCCGUAUGGCGAGCGGCGGCGGGGUCGCCCGUCGCCCGCGGAGUUUUACCUCGAAGAUCGCAGCGAGCGCGAGCGACGUCGCGCGGAGAUCGGCGGCUUCAGCAAGGACUUGGAGGAGAUGCGACAGCGACUGCGUGCGAUGAGGGUGGAGGAGACGCAGGAGAUUCAGCAGCUGCGGAAGAAGCAGGAGCAGGAGGCGUUUGAAGCGGAGCAGGCGCAGAAAUUGCGCGAGCAGCAGAUUCUCCUCCUGCAGAAGCAGCGCCAGUUAACUUACGCCACGUGGCGCGGCGAAGGCACGCGUCCGUACGAGUCGCCGUUCGAAAAGGAGUCGGAGUUGCUACCCUCCGCGUAUCACGCUGUGGUCGGCAAGCCGCACUUACCUGUUGCGAAUGCACCAGUGAGAGUCGACCACGUGGAGCUUCCUCCGCCGGUCUGGUCCGCGACGCGUUCGUCCGCGAGCCUCUUUAACUACGCGAGCCGCGGCACCGGCUCCUACAGUCGGGCCACUGGGUCCGGGGCGCGCGGCUUGGGCGCCGCAAUGUCCGGCGCCAGCAGCGGCGCGAGCCGGAGCAGCGGGGGAAGCAGCUUGUCGGACGCCGUUUGCUCUAGCAGCAGCAGCGGCGGCUGUGACGUGACGGCUAGCCGUCAGUCUGACGGAAGCAGGUACGUGGCGACCAGGGGCUACGGUCAUGGUGGUAUCGCAAAUGACGUGGCGAUGACGUCACAUCCGUACAGCGGCAUUGCCCCUCCUUACACCGGCUUCAGCUUGAAGAGCGCUACGAGCGGGGCUGGCGAGAGCGCCCGUUACAGUCACACUCGCAGCGCGACCAGCAGCAGCAGCACGGACGGAAGUGACGAUACUGAAGAUUUCGACCCGCGCGGCCAGCGUAACCCGACCGCGCUACCUGUUCCGAAGCUCCCCACCCCGCCUGUGCCUGCGCCUGCGCCUGCGCCUAACCCCUUCGUUUCUGUCUCGCCACAGACCAUCCCGCUCGCUGUUAGCACAUCCGUUGGUGGCGCUAACCACAGUGUCAUGGCGGGCGUUUCGUCCUCGCCGCCGUCGGAUCCUUUUCAGGAGCCGCCAUCUGAACCGUCCACUCCGAUCGUCCUCUAUUCGCCCACCGCGUUUGCCGCUCGCGAUCCCUCCCUCCAGCCGUCGUUCAGCUGCUUCCUCACCUCCUCCGCGCUCCACUCUUCUGCUUCCUCCUUUUCCUCUUCCUCAUCUUCCGCCACGUCCGCCUCACCAUUCUCUCCCGCUUUAUCCUCGUCUUUGUCAGCCUCGCUAUCCGCUACUGCCGACGAUGCGGAGGCCGCCGAUUCCGACGAUGCGCCUCUUCUGUCGUCGUCGACUCAAUCUGGAUCUGCGCCCGCCGAUCGUUAUAGUCACUACGCGGAAGACGCGCUUGAGGCUUCCGCCUGGAGCCCUCCGCGCGCCUCCCUUUCGCCCCCUCCCAGCGGCUCCGCGGAUGCUGUUAUUGACGAACCCUUGCCGCCCGCAGCCACGUCAGCACAAUCCGACGUGGCAGAUGCGACGUGGCAGGCACCCGAUGCCUUCUCUGCGCAUCCCUUCGCUCACUCCGCAAGCCGCGCCGCGUUCGACGGCGGAGUUGCUCCUUCUCUGCCUCAUGCCUCCCUUCUGAUGUCGUCUCACGACUUCGCGGAAGAUUCGGAUGGAGUAACAAAGGCUGAGGCAACGCCGAGCGCGGCUAGCACCACACCUGACGCCGCAUCUUCCGCCGCGAAUGGCGCCGCAACGGCCGCUGCCAGUGGCAGCUCGUUUCUCGGAAACCUCUUCUCAUGGACGCGCGCAGAAACGACAACGCAGCCGCCCAAAACUGUGUCGCUGCCGCCCACGCUUUCUCUCGCGUCAGCACAGGUGUUCACUGGACCAGACCUUCACUCCACGUCAUCGUACUUCGGUUCCACGUCAUCAGGCAGCUCCAACCGCUCGAUCAACGGCUACGAUGCGGAGUCGGAGGUCAUCGACGGCUCAAAGUCCAAGGAGGGAAAAGUUGAAGAGAAUGGAUAUGAGAACAAUAAAGAGGAUGACAAUAACGAGUUCGACGAGCCGCUUUACUUGCUGGACACCAAGCACGGAUCGCGCAGGGAAGUUGGAUGCAAGGGGAAGGCACCCAAGUCGUCGUCCAAAGCGGCUGCUGCGGCCGCCAUUGCUGCCGCCGCUGCCGCCAAGAUCGCCGCGCUGGGGAUUGGGGGGAAGGCGGAGGAGAAGCGCCAGGCGGAAGCCGCGCAAGGGGGAGCGGGCGGGGAGGCGGGAAGCCGGGGGGAAGAAGGUGAAUGGGGAGAAGGGGAAGCGGAAGGGGAAGAGGAGAGGAGAGGGGGCGCGCGGAAAGCGUUCUGGGAUGAGGGGGAGUAUGAGGGGGAGGGGGAGGCGGAAGAGGAGGUGAACGAGAUUCUGGAGCUUCAGGAGUGGAUGGAGGCGCAGAUGCUGGUUGAGGGGGUGCGGAGAGCGUUCAUGCGCGGAGGGACCGGGGGGAGCGGAGCGGCGGGGGGAAGAGGAGAGGUCGGGGGAAGCGGAGGGAGAGUGAAUGAGGUGGAAACCGGAGGGGGAGGAGGAGGAGAGGAGGCAGCAACAGCAGGGGGAGUAGGAGGAGGAGCAGUGGCGAGCGUGUGUGAUGCUGAGAUGGAAGCGUGGAUGCUUGCGCUGCCUCCGCUGGUGGUGAUGGCUCGUAGUGACGAUGGUGUAGAGGAUACGAGUGAGGAGGAGGUGGAAGAGGAGGAGUGUGAGGAGGUUGAGGGAGAGGAAGUGGAGGAGGAAGAAGUGGUGGUGAUGGCUCGUAGUGACGAUGGUGUAGAGGAUACAAGUGAGGAGGAGGUGGAAGAGCGAGGGGAAGAGAUGGGAGAGGAGGUGGAAGGGGGGGAGGAGGUGAUGGUGGUGGAGGAGGAGGAGGUGGAGGUGAUUGAGUUGGAGGAAGGGGAGGAGCUGGAGGAGGGGAUGGAGGUGGUUGAGAUAGUGGAGAGGGAGGUGGUGGAGGAGGAGAGGGAGGAGGAAGAGGAGGAGAGGGAGGAGGUGGAGGAGAGAGAGGAGGAAGAGGAGCAUGGGGAGGGAUUAGAAGAAGCGGAGACUUUGGAGGAGGAUGAAGUGGAAGAGGGUUGUGAGAGUGCGAACGACACUGAGUGUGAGGGGGAGGGGCGUGGUGCGGAAGCGUGUGGAAGCGAGGGAGAGAGAGAUUUUGGUAGUGAGUGUGGGAGUGAGUAUGAGAGCGAGAGGGAGAGUGAGGAUGGGAGUGUGAGUGUGAGUGAGAGAAAUAGUGAGUGUGGGAGUGAGACUAGGAGCGAGAGUGGGAGUGAUAUUGGGUCAGUGAGUGAAGCGAGUGAGAGUGUAAGGAGCGGAGAUGAGAGUGAGGAUGAGAGAGCAGGGAUCGAGGAGGGGUGCGGUGGGAGUGAGGGGGAGGAAGUGGCUGAGAGUGAGUGUGGGAGUGAGGGGGGAGAGGGAGGCAGUCUGAAGAGUGAGGGAGAGGACGAGGAUGGGGAGGAGGGAGGCGGAAGGAACGCGGGAGAUGAAGCUGCUGAGAGUGAGUGUGAGAAUGAGAGUGAGAGUGGGAGUGAGAGGGGAGAGGAAGGGAGUCAGAAGAGUAAGGAUGAAAGAGAAGAGGAAGGCGAGGAGGGAAGCGACGGGAGUGAUGGGUUUGCUGAGAGUGAGGGGGGAAACGAAGGGAGCUUGUCGAGUGAGGGAGAAGGCGAGGAUGAGAGGGAAGAGAGCAUCGAAGAGAGGGAGGAGGAGGAAGAGACGGAAGCGAGGGAAGAGACGGAGGAGAAGGUAGAGAGGGUAGUGGAGGAAGGGAGUGGUACUGAAGUGGGAGCUGAAAUAAACAGUGAAGAAGCAGAAUUCGGAAAAUCAGAAGAGGCAGAAGGGGCAGAAGGGGCAGGAGACGGAGGAGAGGGGGAAUUACAGGGGGGAGCUGUUGAGGGGAUGAGGGAGGAGGAAAGUGAGGUGGAGGAGGGAGAAAGUGAAACGACUGGUGGGUGUGAAGACGAGGGUGUGGUAGUGUGUGAGGAGGGUGAGGAUGAGAGUGAGGAGAGUAAGGAGGAGAGUGAGGAGGGGAGUGAGGAGGAGAGUGAGGAGGAGAAUGAGGAGGAGAAAGUGGAAGUGGCACAGGAGGAGGGAGAGGAGGGAGAAGGAGAGGAGGAGAGUGCGGAGUUGAGUGGUGAGGAGAGAGCGGAGGGGAAGGAAGAUCAUGCUUCGUGCGCUGAUGAGGCAGCAUAUGUGUCAGCUGAUGUGGCAGUAGAUGUGUCAGCUGAUGUGGCAAUGACGAGUGUGAUGGGAGGAGAGGGCCACGUUGAGGAGAGAAGGGAUGUGACAACAGACGUGGCAGGGAGCGCUGACCUGGCAGGAAUUGUUUUCGAUGCUGCUGACGUGGCCGAAAGUGCAAGCGUGGCAGAAGGAGCUGAUGUGGCAGGAGCUGACGUGGCAGAAGAUGCGGAUGUGUCUGAUGUGUCAAGUUGUGCUGAUGUGGCAGAAGGAGCUGAUGUGUUAAGUGGUGUUGACGUGGUAGAAAGUCCGGAAGCAUGUGGCAGGCUGGCAGAGGAUGCUGCAUUUGACGCGGGAGGGAAGGAGGAAGAGAGUGUGGAGGGAGGUGAAGAGGAGAGUGGGGAGACGAAGGGAGUGGAUGAAGCUUGUGUGGAGGAAGUGAGUGGUGCGGGUGAGGAGAGCGUGGAGGAAGUGAGGGUGGAGGAAGAGAGUGUGGAGGAGGGAGCUGAGGAGGAACGGGAGGAUGAGGAGGUGGAAGUGAAGAGAGAGGAGGGUGGGGAGGGAGAGGGGGAAGAGGAGGGGGUACUGGAGGAGCAGGAGUGUGGUGAUGGGGAGGAAGAGGUGGAGGUAGAAGAGGGUGAGGAGGGAGAGGAGGGUGAGGAGGUGAAGGAGGAGGAGGGGGGGGAGGUGUAUGAGUGUGUGAGUGAGGGGAAUUCGGACGUAGGGGAGGAAGUGGAAGAGGAGGAUGAAAUGAAAGAAGCAGAGGGAGAGGAGGCUGAAGAGGGAGAGGAGGCUGAAGAGGGAGAGGAAGUGGAGGGCGAGGAGGGAAAGGAGGGAGAGGGGGGCGAGGAGGAGGAGGUGCAUGAGUGUGUGAGUGAGGGCGACGUGGAAGAGAGGAAGGAAGACGAGGGAGCGAAGAAGGAGGGAGUGGAAGUGGAGGAAGAAGACGAGGAAGGGGAGAAAGAAGAGGAGGUGAUGGAAGAAGCACAGGCAGAAGACGAGGUAGAGGUAGCGCAGGAGCGAGAGGAGGGAGUAGAGGGAGAGGAGGGAGAGGAGGGAGUGAUAUACGAGUACGUGAAUGAGGAAGAUCUGGAGGAAGGGGAGGAGAUUGUUGAAGUGACAGAGGAGGGAGAGGAGAUAGGCGAGAGGGAAGUGGAGGCAGAGGAGGGAGUGAUAUAUGAGUAUGUGAACGAGGAGGAUGUUGAGGAAGGGGAGGAGAUUGAGAAAGGGGAGGAGAUUGAAAAAGCGACAGAGGGGGGAGAAGGAGAGGAGAUCGUUGAGUUCGUGUAUGAAGACGAGGAGGGAGAAGAGGAGGGAGGGGAGGGAGAGGGGGAAGUUGAUAUAUUGGAGGGCGAAGGGGAGGAAGAGGGGGAAGGGGAGGAGGUGGAGGAGAUAUUAUCUGAAGAUGAGAGAGAGCAGAUGUUGGAUGAUGAUGGUUACCUUGAUGAUGGGGCGGAGGAGGAGGAGAGGGAGGAGAGGGAGGGGGAGAGGAGGGAGAGGAAGGAUAGAUGGGGAGGAGGGGGAGGAGGAGAGGGGGAUGAGAGGGAGGUGGGAAAGGGGAAUAAAGAUUGGAUGGUGAUGGAGAUGGAGAUCCAGGGCGAUGAGGAGACAUUGGAUGGUGGGGAGGGGGAGGUGAAGGAGGAGGGCGUGGAGAGGAGGAAGAGGAGUAACGGGGAUGGCGAAGGGGAGGGGAGUGCUGAGGAAGGUGAGGAUGCGAGUGCGGGUGGGGAGGAGGGGAGUGAGUAUGGGGAUGAUGUGAGCUUGGGGAGUGGGGAGGAGUACGAGGAGGUUGAAGAGGAGUAUGAGGAGGUGGAGGAGGAGCUAUCUUACACUGUGAGUGAGGAGGAGGGUGAGGAGGAAGUGAGUGAGGGAGGGGAAGGGGGAAAGGGUGAGGGAGUGGGGGAGGGAGAGGGAGAGGAAGGAGAGGUUAGUGGGGAGGGUGUUGCAAGCGGAUCAGAGGGAUCUAAGGAGGAGAUUGAGGGGAGCAAGAGUGGAGGAGAGGAUAUGAGUUUUGAAACAUCUCUUACAAAGAACGAAGAGGAGAUAUUGAUGGAUGGAGGUAUGGAGGAGAAAAUGGGCUCAGAGGAUGGGGAGUGGGAGGAAUUUGGAUCAGAGGAAGGCUCGUGGGAAGAUUCAGAGGAAUUCCCAGGGGAAGGUUCACAUGAAGACGAAGCAGAUGGGACAGGCGAAUCAGAAAGUACGGGGCAAGAAGCGGAAACCUGUGCUGCCUCGACUCCACAGCACAAGGAGCACAAGGCGAGGGCGGGGAGGAGGCGGCGCCGGGUGCACAAGGCGGUUGUGUCGUUUGGGAAGUUCAUCCCGCCUGAACUGAGCGAGCUGGAGUCGCAUGAGCUGGAGGGGGAGGGGGAGGGAGCAUGUGAGGGGAGCGCUGCUGUGUUGAGCGAGCUGGAGUCGCAUGAGCUGGAGGGGAAGGGGAUGGAGAAUGAGCAUGUUGGGCGAGUGCUGGUGCUGUGGUGCAGAGCUGAGCUGAGCGAGCUGGAGUCGCAUGAGAUGGAGGGGGAGGCGGAGGGAGCAUGUGGGGCGAAUGGUGGUGCUGUGGUGCAGAGCAGGGUUGUCGUUAAGUUCAUUCCCGCUGAGUUGAGUGAGCUGAAAUCGCAUGAGAUGGAGGGGGCGGAGGGCGGGGGGCACAAAGGGGAGGAGAGAUAUUGGAGUGGUGCUGUGCGGUUGAGCUGGGCUGGGAGGCGGGGUUGA